UUGAAACCCUAAUGCUACAAGCCACCUUUCAUUUUCAUUCCUUUCUUUCUUACAUAUACUCUCACACACUCUCUCUAUCUCUCUCAUUUCUAUCUGUUAAACCCUAGCUUACAUACCCAGUACUCAACCUCUCCUUCGCCGUCAAACUUAUUUCUUUCAUUCGUUGCUAGUUUCAAAGCUUCGUAACGAUGUCGGAUGAUGAAAGAGAGGAGAAGGAGUUGGAUCUCUCUUCUCCUGAGGUCGUCACCAAGUACAAGGGCGCAGCUGAAAUUGUCAAUAAGGCUUUGCAGCUAGUGUUAUCCGAAUGUAAGCCAAAGGCCAAGAUUGUGGAUCUAUGUGAGAAAGGAGAUUCAUAUAUUAGAGAGCAGACUGGCAACAUGUACAAAAAUGUUAAGAAAAAGAUUGAAAAAGGAGUUGCAUUCCCAACUUGCAUCUCUGUGAACAAUACUGUUUGCCAUUUCUCACCUCUUGCCAGUGAUGAGUCAGUGUUGGAAGAAGGUGAUAUCUUGAAAAUUGAUAUGGGCUGCCAUAUAGAUGGAUUCAUUGCCGUAGUCGCACAUACACAUGUUCUUCACGAAGGCCCAGUGACAGGAAGAGCAGCUGAUGUUAUUGCUGCUGCCAACACUGCUGCUGAAGUUGCCUUGAGGCUUGUAAGGCCAGGAAAAAAUAACAAAGACGUAACAGAAGCAAUUCAGAAGGUUGCUGCUGCUUAUGACUGCAAAAUUGUUGAAGGUGUUCUUAGCCACCAGCUGAAGCAGUUUGUGAUAGAUGGAAACAAGGUUGUAUUGAGUGUAUCCAGCCCUGAUACGAGAGUAGAUGAUGCUGAAUUUGAGGAGAAUGAGGUUUAUGCAAUCGAUAUAGUCACAAGCACGGGUGAUGGCAAGUCUAAGCUAUUGGAUGAAAAGCAAACGACUAUCUAUAAGAGAGCAGUUGACAAGAGCUAUCACUUGAAGAUGAAAGCUUCUAGGUUUAUUUUCAGUGAAAUUAACCAGAAGUUUCCAAUUAUGCCUUUCACUGCCAGGGCGUUGGAAGAGAAACGUGCAAGAUUGGGUUUAGUGGAGUGUGUUAACCACGACCUUUUGCAGCCAUAUCCUGUUCUCCAUGAGAAGCCUGGUGAUUUGGUUGCUCACAUCAAAUUCACAGUUUUGCUAAUGCCAAACGGAUCAGACCGAAUCACAUCCCAUUCUCUUCAGGAGCUGCAGCCAACCAAGACAGUAGAGGAUCCUGAAAUCAAAUCCUGGUUGGCUUUGGCCACAAAGUCAAAGAAGAAGGGUGGUGGCAAAAAGAAGAAAGGCAAGAAGGGCGAGAAAGCUGAGGACUCUGCAGCAGAAGCUACACCAAUGGAUGCAACAAAUGGUGCUGAGUCUCAAGGAUGAGUCCAUUUUUUCCUUUCAUAUACUUUAUUUUAACCCCCUCUUUUUUUUUUGUCAAUUUUGGUACUUGCUUCUUCUCUCCAUUGUAUCUGGUUGGAUAUGAGUUGGUUUAAUUAAUACAAGUAUUCAGACAUAAAUCCGAACCGGAUGUUCCCGAGUCGGCUUUCUGUGACUCCUUUGCUGCUUCUAGAUUUUAUCAUUAUAUUACAAACGUGAAGAUUAUAGCCUAAA